CUGAAAUUAUUACAUUAUUACCAUGUUUGUCUUUUAGAUAUUUAUUUAUGUAAUUUAUUUACUAUUUGUAUUCUUAGAGAGAUGGAAACUUCUAGAAAAGCAACAUAAUGACUCAGGACUGGGGCCUAGGGGAAUCAGCUUAGGUUCCGGCCUUUGGAUGUCUGUUCUCACUCAUCCAACUCCUCGCACCCCCCAAACACUUUCACUUUCAUUUCUGACCAUCGGUUAAAACAUCAACACCACAACACACCCACAGAGAAUCUCCAAAAAACUUUUUCUUUAAAAAAAAAACAUGAACAUAAGUCACGUGACAGAACCGCCGCAGCCACAGCCGCAGCCGCCCCCACCGUCGCCGCCAUUGACAGAGCUUGUUGUUUCACUAGAACAAGCAACACUCAUGGCCAAACAACUCCCUACCGCCACUGAUCCGACUCGCCUUCUCCAUAUCUAUUCAUCCCUCCACCAAGCUCAUCUCCAAUUAUCCUCCUUCCUCUCCUCCUCCUCCACCACCACUCCUUUCCCUCCUCUUCCUCUCCAAUCGUGCGCCGUCGGCGGGAACUCGCUCUCCUCCACCACCGCUUCCAACGGUAGCGAGCCAAUGCAGAUGGGCGAUGACGAUGAGGAUAACCAAGUGGAAGCUGACGCUGAGGAGAAUUCAGCUUCGAAGCCCAUGAUUGACAGCGUGGAGGAAAGGAUGCGGGAUUGCUUCAUCAAGAACAAGAGGACUAAACGCCGCCUCUCGCCGUCUUCGGCCGCCGUGGCGGAGGAGAGGAGGGUAUUUUAUGAUGGGUUUGUCAGGGGCGCUGAGGUAUUUGAUCCGUAUGUCCGCAGGUCGCGGGCUCUCGAUCUUCUCCAACAUUUUCAUGGAUGAAGAACCAGAGGGCAAUGUUACAAAAACCAAA